AUGUACAUUGAAAGUUCAAUCAACGAAAAAUACAUUCGUACAUUGAAUUUUGGGUGUUUCCCUAAAAAUGUGUUGGAAUUCCAACAAUCACAAGAUUAUUUCCAACAAUUAAUAUUUAUUGAUUAUCAAUUACAAUUAUUAAUAGAUAAUGAAUUUUUUCAAAACGAAUUAUUGCCCAUUUCAUUAUUAUCAGAGAAUAAUGUAUCAGCUAAUGAAAAAUUACAACAAUUGAUCAAUUAUUCAAAUUCAAUAAGUUUGAAUUAUGAAAAUACUCCAAAAAGUUACGACGAAAAAUUGUAUUAUGCUACAUUAAUGUCACAUUUAUACUAUUUACAAGAUAACUUAUUUGAGGUGAAUAAACAUUUGAAUUUGGUCAAAGUAUCUUAUCAAGCAAGAUCUAAUAAUCAAAUCGAAACAGUAUCUUCAGCAUCAUCAGUUAGUUUCAACCAAAUUGAAUUUAUAGAGUACUUAACAACCAGAUAUUAUGUUUUAUUUGGAUUGAGUGCGGGGAACAAUGGAGUAAACGUUUGGUUAGAAUAUUUACAAAAUUUUAAAACCCCAUUCAAUAAGUCCCAAGUAAUUGCUAAUCAUUGGCUAGAUUUGUUAUUCGGUAAAUUAGCUUUGGAAUUAUCUCAGCAGGGGACUAUUCCGUUUUCAUUUAUCAAUCAUGUAAAGAAUUUGUCAUUGUCUAAAAACAAAUUGGCUUUGAUUGCAUUUUCAAAUUAUUUAUUACGUCCAGAAAAUAGUAGUAUAAUCAAUGCCUCAUUCAAACAGGAUUACACAGUGUUUUUGACUACAGAGAUUGAAGAAAGCAUUUUGGUUAAAAGUCAAUUUCCUAAUGCAAAUACAGCUAAUAACGAUGAAUCACAAGAUAUCAAUAAUUUUAUUAAUAAUCUUUAUGAAUCAUUAAGUUAUGUGCCAUUUAAUUUAUCUAUUUUGAAACCAUCACUAUCAAAACGUUAUCUUUUAAAUGCUACAUUGAAGACUUUCCAAAGCAAGAUUAUUUUAUCAAAUUUAAUCUAUACAUUAAUUGAUUUGAAUGAAUAUGACGAAGCUUUAGCAGCAUUCACCACCUAUAUUGAUUAUUUGGAAAAAGAUGAGGAAUUGAAAGAUGGGUAUAUUGACGAUAUAUUAUCAAUAAUCGAUACGUUUAGUACUUGUAUUAUCCAUUUCAACCCAUUGAAAAGUUUUAAAUCUAGUAACAAAUUUAAACAUAACGAUGAUUCAUUAGUUUUUCAACAAUUGAAAAAAUUUGUCACAUUAUUGCAAAAAUACUUGAAUGAACUUCAAAAAUUGAUAGAUUUAACGUAUGAUGAGGAAGAAGAAGAAGAAGAAAGUGGAAAUGGCAAUGGCAAAACCACUGCUGCAGGCGAUAAAAACCCAUUGUCAUUUCUUUAUCGUAAAUACAAUUUAAACAUUUUGCAAUCAGACAACACCCAAUUUAUUGAAUUAAUUUCAAAAGCUUGGUAUGCAAUUGGUUAUUACUAUUAUUACUUGUCGUCGUAUGAAUCGUCAAAUCAAAAUAUUUUACAACACAAUAUCUCAAUGGUUUUGAAAACUUACAAGAAUAGUUUAAUUGUUAAUUCGACAGGUAAUGUGCUUUAUUUGUUUAGUUAUGCCUUGGCAUUAGCUAAUUCUGGUUCUUUAAAACCAGCAUUAAAAUUGAGUAAAUUUAUUUUAAAAAAAUUCCCAGAAUCGUUCAAGACAUGGAAUUUGUUGGUAUUAUUGUUGUCUAGUUUUGACAAUGAUAAUAGCGAUACCAAUAAACCCAUUGCAAGCCAUACUAGUGUGAAUAUUUUACCCGACGAAUUAACAAAUGGAAAUGGCGCCAAUGGUGGCUUAACAGCAAAUGGCAGCAACGAUAAUAAAUCUAAAUUGAGAGAACCAGAGAAAUUUAUUAGCAAGGCAUUGAAUAUUGCUGGAUUAUAUAUUUUAAAACAUCGUCAACGUAAUAUUAAAUUGACGGUCGAAACCAAAUAUGAAAUCUUGCAAUUAAAAUUAACUCAAUUGGCAGUAUUAGAGUCGAUUCAUGGAUCACAAUAUAUGAUUGAUUAUUUAUCUGAAGUGUUUGUGUUGUAUCAUGAAUUGUUUGAAGUCAAUUUGAGUAGCAAUAGUAAUAAGAAUGCAGCAAUUCAAUCUUCGAGACAAUUUGGAGCUUCUGAUAAAUGGUCACAUCGUCCAAGUUUUAUUGAUCCUUCUCCUAAUGCGAAAAAGAAUCCACACCAUAGUAACAAAGAAAUAGAUGAGUUGCAAUUUUUUGAUGCACCCAAGUUACUGAUUAAUAAUGAUGGUGAUUCGAUUACUGAGUUGAAUAAGAAACAAAGUAGAACUGGGUCAAUCAGUGGUGGUAGCAGAGUCGAAAAAUUGAAAAGACUCUCUACAACUAUUUCAUCAAAAGAGGGACCAAUUAGCAGACGAGGGUCAUUACUUUAUAAUAGUGUUCAACAGAAAAUCCGUAAAUCUGAUUCCAAAUCUACAGUGAACAAAUCUUUUGCAGUAGAUAAUAGUGGAUCACAACAGCAGCAACUAGAAGACGAAAAUUCACAUUUUGACCAACCAAAAUUGCCAUUACAUCCUCCGGAGCAACAUUUAUCAAAACCACUGAAACCAGCAUAUAUCAAAGACCCACCACGUCGUCAACAUGAUAAUUUAAUUGAACGGAAAAUAUUACAACAAGUUUGGUUAUGGACGGCAAGAGUAUUUUUGAAAGUUGGAUUAAUUGAUGAAUGUGAACAAUGUAUUGUUGAGGCGGAAACUAUUUACGAACCUAAUUUUAAAACGUAUACUGCUUUGGGAUUUUUAACUAGUAAAUCAAGAAAAUUUUUAUCAUUACAAGAAUUUGAACGAUCAUUAGAGAUAUUAACCAAGAAAGAUAAUUCAUUGUCGUCAUAUAAUAAAUACAAUAGUAAAUAUGAUUAUGGAUUAACUUUAUUGGGAUUACUGAAAUUAUUUUUAAUUGAUGAUGACCCUAAGAAUUCAUUAUUUAUAUCGACCAAAGAUUUGAAUUCAGGAAUAAUUCGAUUGAAAAAUUUAUUAGAAGAUUAUUCAUUGACUUGGCCCUAUGGAUAUAAUAAUCCAGAAAUUUGGUUUUAUUUAAGUAAGAUUUAUGAAUUUAUUGAUGAUAAAAUAUUAUUGACAAAAAGUUUAUGGAGAUGUAUUGAAUUGGAAGAUAAACGACCAGUUAGGGAAUUUAUAUUUGAUGAGCUUUAA